GAGGUCCCUCGGGGAUUUUGCUUUCUCGUUCUUUUUUAUCGGGCAUUUCUUUUUGAUUUCUUAUUUGUUCCGUUGGGGACGUCUUUCAUUUUGGUUUCCCACGCGCUCACAACCGAUUACCGAUUCCACUGUGAACUGGGAGAUAGCAUCAUUUCGCCAUUUCGAGAUAAAAAAAAUAAAUAAUAUUAUUAAUAUUACACAGAAGCAGGUUUCUUUCGUGUUCAUUUUAAUAAAUAUUUACAUUAUAGGCGAACUAUUUAAAUUUAAUGCAACAAUACAGAACUUGAUUAGAUUGUUAUGUAUAAACUUGUGAGGACCGCAGAAAAAGAAGACAUUUCGUUGGUUGGGUGUGCGGUGGCUGUAGAUUCCGAUUCCUUUGAUUAUUACUCCAUAGGUCAUUAAGAUAUGAACCGGUUUGAAUAUAUCCCAGCGAGGCUCAACGAAAAUGAAUCCUUUGUUAGUAAAGAAAGUCAAAUUAAACUUUACGAUGGCGACCAAAAGACACAAUUUGAGGAAGGGGAAUUGGUGCUGACAACUCAUCGAAUGUUUUGGGGACGUCCUGGAGAGAUUGCAAGGGCAGCCGUUUGUUUGUGCCUAAAUUUAAAAUACAUAGUGUCUGUGAGUGAGGAACAGGCUAGCAAUUUUGUAUUUGGACGUAAGACAAGAUUAAUUCUUCAUCUGCGACCUGCUGCUGCUGAUAAGCAACCGGGACCAUUGGACAAUAGCAAUAAUUCCUUUAUAAAACUUUCUGGCAAGCAUGGCGUGUUGCCAGAAUUUGCCAAUGCCUUACGAGAAACACUACAAGCAAGAAUAUGGAAUGUUCAAAUUCCGUCCACUCAAACUGGUCUAAACGGCGGAGAGCCUCAAGAAACCCCCCAAGAUAGGGCUGCAAGAGAAGCAAAAUUGCGUAUGCGUACAGGCAUUGGAGGCAUUGAGAAAGCAAUCGAACAAAAAACCAAAGAAACCGAAGAAAAUAUUGCAUUGGCAUUUCAGGAUCUGAGAGUUCUGAUGGCAAUGGCAAAAGACAUGGUAUCUAUUGCCAGGGUGAUCAGUGAUAAAAUUCGCUCGCAAAAGGGUGAAAUAUCCAAUGACGAAACUGUGCGAUUCAAAUCUUAUCUAUUGAGUUUGGGCAUUGAUGACCCCGUCACCAGAGAUGGCUAUUCAAGUGACUCGGCUUAUUACAAGAGUUUGGCGGGGCAAUUAUGUGAAAUGUUGCUAGAUCCUCUGGAGGAAGCUGGAGGUAUGAUGUCAUUGGCUGAUGUUUAUUGUCGUGUAAAUCGAGCCAGAGGUUUGGAACUUUUAUCACCUGAAGAUUUGCUACAGGCAUGUCGUUGCAUGGAAGGACCAAUGAAGUUACGCACAUUUCCCAGUGGUGCCAUGGUACUACAAUUAGAUUCUCAAGACGAUGAAUUAACGGCCAACGAUACCCUAAGUUUGGUCCAGGAAUCCAAUUCACUGGCUGUAGAGGAGUUGGCAAAGGCUCGCAAUAUAUCACUGAUAUUGGCUAAAGAGCGAUUAUUGACGGCCGAACGUUUGGGCAAACUAUGCAGAGAUGAAUCGCUGGAAGGAUUACGAUUCUAUCCAAAUUUCAUUCUGGAACCACCAGCAUGAUGCUGCCACACAAAUAAGACAAUUUGUUAUUUUUUUUUCGUAUAUUUGUGUAUUGUAUGUUAUUUAUAAUUAAUAUUAUUAUAUAUUAAGUUGUCCUUUAUUUCUCAUUUUCACUUAAUAUGUAAUAUUUAAUAAAUUAUAAUAAUAAUAAUUGCAAGUUUUAUAA